UAGAUAUUGACAUUAGAACAUUGUCGUAAGAGUGUUGUGUACAUUUUUUUCGCAAGAGAACUGAUUAUUUUUCAAUCAAAUUUCUCGGUUGAAUGAGUGUGAUUUACCAACUUGAUAAAUAUGUCAAAAAACGCGGAUGCCGAGAAAAAUAAUCCAUGUCUUAAGGAACAGAACAUGACUUACCAAUGCUUGAAUAAAAACAACUAUGACAGGGAAGUGUGUGAGCCCUAUUUCGUAAAUUACAAUAACUGCAAAGACUUUUGGGGAAGUGUAUCGUUAGCACGACGUCGUAAAGGAAUCACACCGCAUCUGCCAGAUGUAGAAGACAGGCCGAAAAUCAAAGAAGAAUACAUGAAAACAAGGCCGGAUAGGUAACGUUGUGUUAAGUUGGUGUGUUAGAAAUCAUAAUUCGAUGUAAAUAAAUAAAAAAAAGUUGGAAUUCAUUAAU